AAGACUACAAAAGUCCCCUCUUCAACGUAGUUGGCUAUUUUAAUUGGCGUCGCCACCUGCACCGCUGCAGCAACCGAUUUCCCUUUCUCCGUCGUUUUAGACAACUCCGGCACUUGGCCCUAGGGUUUUCCUUCUCACCGUCCCGGCAUUCAUAAUCCUCAGACUAUCCCCCCCCACCCACUCUCUCUCCUCCGGAAAGUUUGAUUUUUGGAAUGAAUUCGAAUUCGGAUCUGUUCGACCCGAGAACCGAAAUGGACUCCGAUUACGCGCGUGGUGCCUCCUCCUCCUCCGAUGGUGAUUUCGGCUUCGCUUUCAACGACAGUAAUUUCUCCGACCGCCUUCUCAGGAUCGAGAUCAUGGGUAGUCCUUCUGAGUGCCGUCUCGAUGGGGAGGGCUGCACCAGCAUCGUCGAUUGGGUCCGCCAUCGCAAGAGGCGUAGAGAAGAUAUCAAGAAAGAAAAUGCUUUGGACCUCACUCUAGGAGCUGAGGAGCAGAUUUUAGGUUGCAAUCAGCCUGAUAUGGAUGAUGGUUUGGGUCUUGAAGAUCAAGAUGAAGAAGCUGAAGCAAUGGUUGAAGAGGCAUCAGGCGAUGAAGCUGCAAAUAGCAAUGAAUCGUCAUGGAGCAUGGAUUGUUCUACUGUUCUAAGAGUUAAAACAUUGCAUAUUAGCUCUCCUAUUUUAGCUGCUAAAAGUCCAUUUUUCUACAAGCUUUUCUCAAAUGGGAUGAGAGAGUCUGAGCAACGACAUGUAACUCUAAGAAUCAAUGCCUCAGAGGAAGCUGCGCUCAUGGAGCUUCUGAAUUUCAUGUACAGCAGUACCUUAUCUGUCACCGCAGCUCCAGCUUUGCUUGAUGUGCUUAUGGCUGCAGACAAAUUUGAGGUUGCUUCAUGCAUGAGACAUUGCAGCCGGCUGUUGCGGAAUAUGCCUAUGACACCUGAAUCUGCUUUGCUUUAUUUGGAUCUUCCGUCUAGUGUAUUAAUGGCAGAGGCAGUGCAGCCAUUGACUGAUGCAGCAAGGCAGUACCUUGCUGUCCGCUACAAGGACAUAACUAAGUUCCAAGAUGAGGUGAUGGCACUACCACUAGCUGGAAUUGAGUCAAUAUUAGCCAGUGAUGAUCUCCAAAUUGCAUCUGAAGAUGCUGUGUAUGACUUUGUCUUGAAGUGGGCCAGGUCCCAGUAUCCCAAACUGGAGGAGCGACGGGAAGUGCUAGGCUCACACCUAGCCCGCUUUAUUCGUUUCCCAUACAUGACCUGCCGGAAGCUUAAGAAGGUUUUAACCUGUAAUGAUUUUGAUCAUGAAGUUGCAUCCAAGCUUGUGCUUGAGGCCCUCUUUUUCAAGGCAGAAGCCCCUCACAGGCAACGAAGCCUGGCUGCAGAAGAGUCAGCCACCUUGAACCGUCGAUUUGUGGAGCGAGCCUACAAGUAUAGGCCUGUUAAAGUGGUGGAAUUUGAACUUCCUCGCCAGCAGUGUGUUGUGUACCUGGACUUGAAGAGAGAGGAGUGUGCCAAUCUCUUCCCAUCGGGACGAGUAUACUCUCAGGCAUUCCAUUUAGGUGGACAAGGGUUCUUCCUGUCUGCCCAUUGCAACAUGGACCAGCAGAGCUCUUUCCAUUGUUUUGGGUUGUUUUUGGGCAUGCAGGAAAAAGGUUCAGUAAGUUUCGCAGUGGACUACGAAUUCGCAGCAAGGAUAAAGCCAACAGACGAGUUUGUUAGCAAAUACAAAGGCAACUACACAUUCACUGGAGGCAAGGCAGUUGGGUACAGGAACUUAUUCGCCAUAGCCUGGACUUCUUUCAUGGCUGAUGACAGUAUUUACUUCAUAAAUGGCGUCCUCCACCUUAGAGCUGAACUAACCAUCAGGCACUAACUUCUCUCCAUAAAUUGGGAGGUUUCCUUUUGAAUCGGCUCAGUAGCAACUAACCAUUUUCUCUUUUUCUUGAGCAAAACUCGAUAUUUAUGAAGCAAGUAGAAACAAUUUGGGCUUGUAACUUAAUCUUGGAGUUUGAUUUUUGAUUAAGAAAAAACACCUUCUUUUCUCCCUGAAUUUCUUGGAAAAACAUUGUAAAUUCUGAUUCCUGGCCAAGGCCUUGGAUUGAAUUUAGUUAGUUGUAUUGAGCCUUGAUUUCCAGCGGGCCCCUUGCCAUGAAUCAUUGAAUCGUCAACUUCAUAUUUCCUCGGGUCCUACUUCAACCCCGGAUUGUUUAUGAUAAACGUUUGCUUUUGACCGUUAGGCAGAGGGAUGGUAAUGAACAUUUUCACAAAGUACGAGAACUACGGUUGGCUUUAACCCGUGAAUCAUUGAAUCGUCAACUUCAUAUUUCCUCGGGUCCAACUUCAACCCCGGAUUGUUAUAAUAAACGUUUGCUUUUGACCGUUAGGCAGGUGGUGUUGUUGUAAUAAAGUUAUUUGUGUUUA